AUGGCGGAAGAGAAGGAUAUUCAGCCUACGACGACUCCGCCUCCCUAUCAUGGUAUCGAUCAUGAGGCCGACCACAAGCGUGCUGCCAACAAACUUGUUGACGACGCACGACUCGCCACCGACAAUGAACGGAAGAUGACCCUGAUGCAGGGCAUCAGACUCUAUCCCAAGGCGAUUGGAUGGUCUGUCCUUAUCAGCACCUGUAUCGUCAUGGAAGGCUACGAUGUUUGUUUGCUGAACAACUUCUUUGGUUUUCCGCAAUUCAAGCAAAAGUACGGCGAGCAGCUUCAGGACGGUUCUUGGGAAAUUCCAGCACCAUGGCAGGCCGGACUGUCGAACGGAGUCAUCGUAGGCGAGAUCAUCGGGUUGUUCCUCAACGGGUGGAUCAGUGAGGCCAUUGGAUACCGCUACACUGUUAUGGGAUGCUUGCUUCUGAUCAUUGGCUUCACUACAAUCUUCUUCACGGCUCAGACGGUGGUGCACUUGUUGAUUGCGGAGAUCCUUUGUGGUAUCCCAUGGGGUGUGUUCCAGACGCUCACCAUCACAUACGCUUGCGAAGUUUGCCCGGUUGCUCUACGCGGAUACUUGACUACCUACGUCAACUUCUGCUGGGGUCUCGGCCAAGUCAUCGGUAUUGGUGUUAUCCGCUCCAUGGUCGACCGAGAUGAUGAGUGGUCUUACCGCAUCCCUUACGCACUCCAAUGGAUGUGGCCCGUUCCUCUAAUCAUCGGUGUCUUCUUAGCGCCGGAAUCGCCUUGGUGGUUAGUCCGCAAGGGGCGAAUAGACGAUGCGAAGAAGGCCCUUCUCCGACUCACCAGUCUCGACCGAGAAACCGAUUUCGAUGCCGACGAGACGAUAGCAAUGAUGGUGCAUACGACCGCUCUCGAGGAGAAGAUUACUCAAGGAGCAAGCUACUGGGACUGCUUCAAGGGUACUGACUUGCGUCGUACGGAGAUUGUGUGCAUGGCCUGGGCGAUUCAGAACUUGAGUGGAAACGCUUUCUCUGGAUACUCAUCUUACUUCCUCCAACAAGCUGGUCUACCUGCAUCAACUUCCUACGACUUCGCAAUGGGCCAGUAUGGUAUUAACAUGGCUGGUGUUUUCGGAGCCUGGUAUCUCAUGAAAGUCGGUUUUGGACGACGGACACUCUACCUCGGUGGUCUUUGCGGUUUAUGCGCUAUGCUGUUCGUCAUGGGCUUCCUAGGCCUGGUACCGGACUCUCAGCGCGAGAAGGGCGCCAUGGCUACCGGAGCCAUGAUGAUCGUAUGGGCUAUGUUCUACCAGCUGACCGUUGGCACCGUAUGCUACUCCCUCGUCGCUGAGCUAUCUACUCGCCGUCUCGCUAUCAAGACCGUGGUUCUCGGCCGCAACCUUUACAACGUUAUCGGCAUCAUUACCUCCGUCCUCACACCUUACAUGCUUAACCCCGGGGCUUGGAACUGGGGCAAUUACGCCGGCUUCUUCUGGGCCGGCUCCUGCUUCCUAAGUAUCAUUUACACGUACUUCCGCCUUCCUGAGCCCAAGGGCCGCUCGUUCGCCGAGUUAGACCUGCUUUUCGAGAAGCGAAUCAGCGCGCGCAAGUUUGCGAGUACCUCCGUCGACGUAUUUGAGGAUAGUCAUGUCCAGGGGACUGCUGCUUUUGGCCGCUACGAAGAGAAAGUUGAUUCUGCUGGUGCGAUAGAGCUCCGGAACAUAAUAUACACGUACAUCGUCGGACUAUCGGCCCAGCUUGAAUACGCUUUCGACAUCCAUGGUAGCAUUCAAAUCGGCUAUCUCGACUUGGGACCUGAGGAAGUUGGACCCAUAGACAUAUUUGGUGGUACUGGCCAAACGCAGCCCAAUUCCUGGGCCUUGGAUCCAGCGUACUUCGGAACCGAUGUAGCGAAAGAGCUGGCAGAAGUAUACUACACAUCAAAUUGUUUCGCGCUCACGUCAGAGGAGUUUCUACAUCCAUUCCUGACUGCGGACCCAUUUACCCUCGGUAUAAAGCCAUACGAGCGUAUGCGACGUCUUGACAUUACGCUUGAUUUCGAGUUCACUACCAUGGUGGACUUUACCAGUAUGGCCACCCACUUACAAGCUCUGCAACUCAUUCCUAGCAGGAAGCGCAAGACGGAAAUCUGUAUCAGCCUUAUCACGUCGUUUAUAAGACAUCGGGAGCAUUACAAUGACACCGACUCUUGGUACACGGUAGAGGAUGAGCGCAAUAUGCUCAAUAUCCUCGAGCUGCUCAGAUGGCCAGUAUACGAUUUACUGCACAAAGGCCAUGCCAUUCAGGUUUUCCACGAAAAUCUAGAUAGAGGGGAUAGGAUGAGUCAGGAAAUUGCGCAAAGGAAUUUGACAAGGCAUCGGUUUACGGAUCUCGAGGUGUGGUGUAAGACUGAUUUCUUCUAUAUGACUAAGGAGGCGUGGUCAAAGGAGAAAGGACAAAACACGGUUGCAGAUCCUGCAUCUCACUAUAUUCCCCAACUGCCCACGAUAGAGGACGAGAAUCAAGACACGGAUCAGAUGGACGAAAAUUCAGGCCUCGAACAACGAGUUCGCGAUGCUCUUAACAGGCGAUGGGACAAGCCUUGUGCCUUGGACGGAUUUACUUAUGUAUACGACAAAUGCGUGCGUCGAUAG